AUGGCUGACGACACGCGUAAAGUUCGUGUCGAGGAGCAAUUGAAGAUCAAAAUAGGUGAAGCGAAAAGUCUUGUGGGACGCAGCAGCAAUGGUGGAACCGGGUCGUCGAAGGAAAACCGAGAUGUCUACUGCACGAUCGCGCUUGAUCAGGAGGAAAUCUGCCGAACACCGACGAUCGAGCGGACACUUUCGCCGUUUUUCGGCGAGGAGUACCAGUUCGAGAUACCGCGCCAGUUCCGGUAUCUGUCGGUGUAUGUGUGGGAUCGCGAUCGGCACCUGAAGCAGGACAAACCGUACGGCAAGAUUGCGAUCCGGCGUGAGGAUCUGCACCAGUACAACCACAAGGAUCACUGGUUUCCGUUGCGUCCGGUUGACGAAGACUCGGAGGUGCAGGGUAUGGCGCAUCUGCUGAUCAACAUUGACGAUGGCGUGGGCAACCUGAAGCAGCACACGUCCGAGUUUGAGGACUAUCGCUACCUUACCCAACCGACCACGCUCUCCCGCUUGCAGCAGCACCAGCAACAUCAGCAACAUCAGCACCAACAGCAGCAGCAGCAGCUACUCCACCAAAACCAUCUCAACCAGCACAACAAUCUGCAACAUCACGCUGGCGAGUCGAAGGAGAACAGUGGCCUACACCCGUACCAGCCGUGUCCGUCACCGAAUGCUACGUCCAACACCGCGCUCAUGGCGGUUCAGCUGAACAGUUCCGUGAAUAGUACAAAUCUAAAGUUAAUUUACCCCACCAAGGGUGCCACCUCACACGCAACACUCCUCGGCGGGUCGGUGGAUGCCGGAGGUGGCCCAAUGUCCCCGCUGCUGAAGCUGUUCGACUCGAACCACGCAACACCCCUGCUACUGUCGCUGUACAGCAACGGAGGUGGCAAUGGCGAGCUUGGGCAUGGGUUGGGUACCGGAACCGGUGGGUUGUUGGCGGGAAGCGGAACUAGCAGCAGUCGCAUCACGAUCAAGCUGACCGAGUGUCUGGAUUUGGCACGCAAAAACGGACUGUGCGAUCCGUACGCGAUCGUGGUGGCGCAUUACUCGAACAAAAAGAUCAUCUCGAAGCGUACGAAGGUGCGCAAGAAGACGAUCAACCCGUCGUUCGACGAAACGUUCAGCUUCGAGCUGUGCAUCGAUGCGUGCGGGAGUGACUCGUCGAAGAGUGACAGCAACAACAUGUACACGGUGAUGCCCCUCGGUGGGGCGGAUCUGUGUGAGGUCGUCGUCAGCUUCAAGCACGCCAGCCCGGGCAUGGGCGAUGACGUGUUUUUGGGUGAAAUACGACUCCCGCUGCGGGGGAAGCAGCAGCAGAAUGCGGUCCAACCGAGCGCCUGGUACUUCCUGCAGCCACGCACCAGCCAAUCGCGACCGAUGCGUACCUGUGCAACACCACCCGGAACGCGGUUGUCCUGCGAUAGCUCGCUGGGUUCGCUGAGGCUCAAGCUAAACUACACCUCGGACCACGUGUUCCCGCUGGCGACGUACGACCAGCUGUACAAUGUGCUGAUCCAGUCGAUCGAGCAGAAACCGAUCACGGCCAGCGCGGUGCACAUCCUGGGCGAGAUCAGCCACAACAAGACGGAAGUGGCGCAACCACUGGUGCGCCUGUUCACGCACACCAACGUCAUCGCGCCGAUGAUAAAGGCGCUGGCCGACCACGAAAUCUCGAAGCUCACCGACCCGACGACGAUCUUCCGCGGGAACACGCUCGUGUCGAAGAUGAUGGACGAGGCGAUGCGGCUGUCCGGGUUGCACUAUCUGCACGCGACCCUGCGCCCCAUCGUGGAGGAGAUCUUCGCCGAGAAGAAACCGUGCGAGAUCGACCCGACGCGCGUGAAGGACGUCGGUGCGAUCGAGGGCAACCUGCACAACCUGCAGGACUACGUCGGCAAGGUGUUCGAGGCGAUCACGAAGAGCGCGAUCAAGUGCCCGGCGAUACUGUGCGAGAUCUUUCACAAUCUACGCGAGUGCGCGGCCAAGUACUUCCCGCAGAACAAGGAGGUGCGCUACUCGGUCGUCUCGGGGUUCAUCUUCCUGCGCUUCUUUGCCCCAGCCAUCCUCGGUCCGAAGCUGUUCGAUCUAACAACCGAACCGGUGGACGAACAAACUACGCGUACCUUGACGCUGAUCUCGAAAACAAUCCAAUCGAUGGGUAACCUGGUCAGUUCGCGCUCGGCACAGCAACCGUGCAAAGAGAAGUACACCGAGCAGCUGUAUAAGAAGUUUUGCACGGAACAGCACGUCGAGGCGAUCAAGCACUUCCUCGAGGUGAUAUCAACCGUAGGGGUGGCCAACGCCAGCGAAGGGCAGUCGAGCAUGCUGGAACCGGUGGUGCUGAAGGAAGGAGAAUGGAUGAUGACAAAACGUGCCCAAGGACGGAAACGGUUCGGCAGGCGAAACUUCAAGCAGCGGUACUUCCGGUUAACUACGCAAUCGCUGAGCUACGCAAAGGCCAAGGGAAAACGACCCAUCUGUGAUAUACCGUUGGCGGACAUACUGGCCGUCGAGCGGCUCAACGAACGGAGCUUCAAGAUGCAGAACAUCUUUCAGAUCAUCAAAAAAGAUCAGCGACCUCUCUACGUACAAACGGCAAACUGUGUGGAGGAGAAAGAAUGGAUCGAUCUGCUUAGUAAGAUCUGCCAGAGCAACAAGGCCCGCCUCGUGAACUUCCAUCCACGAGCGUACAUCAACAGCGUGUGGACAUGCUGCAAUGAAAGUGAUCAGUACGCGCAAGGAUGUACGCCCGUAUCCUCAUCCAGUCCCAUGCAAAUGGAACUCGCAACGGCUCUGGAUCCGGCACGUGAUCUACAACGGCUCCACUCGUUGAUCUUUGCCAACAUCACCAGCCUGGAGGUGCUGGAUCCGGCGCUAAACGGUACGGCUUGUGAAGACCCAAUGGCUGCCCGGAAAACGAUCAAAAAGCUGAACGAAAUUGCGUGCACGCUCGAUCAGAUCCACCGGAAGUACAAGUCCAUGUUGGCGCGUGAUCUGAAGUAUGGAAGCCGGCAGGCCCCGAUUGGGGACGAUAAUUACCUGCACAUGCCUCGAUCCGGCUUCACGGCCGCUGUCAUGGCGGCAGCUAAUGCCGCCGCUGCAUCCGGUGGUACGCUGAACGGAUCGUCAUCGGCCAACUCGUCCUGCCUGUCGAACAGCAGCAACAACACCGUUGGGAUUGUGGGCCCUGGAAGUGGUCCAUCGCUCAACAACGGUGGAACCGGUGGUUCGGCGUCCAUCAGUGUGUCCACGCAGCAUUAUGCCGAUGCCAGCUUGCCACAUUUUUUCCCCCAUCGGAGCCUGUUAAUGCGUGGCACGGAGGGUGGAGAUCCCCUGACGCAAUGCUAG